GGCGCGGGAUUUUACGAUUGGUGAUAUAAAGUGACGGCUUAGCUUUACUUUUUUACAAAUGGCCAAAGCACAAUAAGAAAACAAUCAUCAAAGAAACAGCAGCAUGCUAUACUUUUUUUCUUCGUUUUUGUCUUUUUAAUGUAUGUCAAUUACAAAAGUACAAAUAAAUGGAUGAAAACAGGUCCAUUGCAAAGUUGAAUGAAGUGUCAGAAGAGGAUGUAAUUCAUCUUUUAAACCAUAAAAAGCAAAAUGGUCGUGAAAUUUUAUGUGUUACGAACGCUGCUGCAAAUGCAAUUGCUUGUCAUUUAUCAGGGCAAACAAAACGGGUUAAAACAAAUAAUGCCAACAAACUUACUGCAGACGAUAAGGAGAACCAUUUGAAUAAAAGCACAAAACAAUCUGUUUUAUCCAUUGGUUCAGGUGAUGCAUACUUCCAUGGUGAAGAAAGAGUAAGAGUACCCUCUCGUCUUCUACGUGAAAUUAAAUCACCUUUAGACAGAAGUGGUGGUGGUAACACAUCAAGUACAUCAAAAGAUACUUCAACUGGAACUUUGUUUGCCAGUCAAUCAAACAGUGAUCAGUCUUUUUAUAAAACAACCAAUAGCUCCACAAAAAUUGUGAAUCAAGCAUCAAAAUAUGCUCAUCCUACACAAAAAGAAAAGAAAAAGCAUCAAAAUCCUGUUAUCAAUUAUUUGCCAGAAACUUCUUCAUCAAACUUAAAAGAAUCCUCUUUAGCCAGUAGAAGUCCAAAGUUAUUCAAGAGUAGGUUCAAUGAUGAUGAACAUGUACCGACACAUGACACAAAUAAGGAAAAAAAUGAAGAGUGCAAACCUUUGCAAAGCCAAGAAAAUAGAAUUUUACCAAAAUUUACCUACAGAGAGCAAACUAAGUUUCUUCAUCAGGGAUUACCAUCUGAUGAUUUGUCCCACAUGCACUUGCCAGACACAGGUGAAGUUAAAUCUCUUUCCUUCAAUGUGACUGCAAAAGAAAAAGCAAUAAGAAACAUGCUUACAAAAAAGCAAGAGCAUGGUGCUGCAGUACGAAAAGUAGUUCAGCCAAAGAUUGUUGAGGAAAUUCAGGUACCAGAUGUGUUGAAACCAACAGUUUGUAAAGAAAAUAAAGCUGGUAGUGAAACCUCUGAUAAACACCAACAACCUUCAAAGGAAACUGAACAGAUUGCGAGCGGUUUUGAAGAGAAAAUGAAUAAUGUUAUGAACACUUUGACUUCGAUUGAAAACCACUGCGAGCAGUAUCGCAUCUGGCAAGAAAAACAUGAACAAAUUUUGAAAGUAGAUAUUCGACAGCGAGAUGAAAAAAGGUUACAACACUUAGAAGAAAUGCAAAAACAUCUUGUUGAGUAUCAGUUACGUAAUUCUCAACCUAUAACUGCUUCUAUGGCACAUGCAAGCAACGUUAAUGGAAUGGCACAAGAUGCAAAUAAAAUUGAUAGUCAUCGAUUACGAACAUCAGAGGCUGUAGCAUCAGCUGACAUCACCUCCAACUUGCAGAAUGAUUCGAUUCUUUCCACAACAAACUAUACCAAAGCAGUUGAACACAAGACACAGCCAAGUUUCAAGACUACAGCAUAUGGCAGUGUUUCAUCUGAGGAAAAACCAAAAUCUGGGGUAAAACGAAAGUUUGUGCGCAACACUCGUACUCAGACCUCUCUUAACUCUUCGUCAGACACAUCGUCACUUCUGGAUACCCCUCUUCCUCGGAAAUGUCAUCCGGUACCGAUCACUCGCGAUUGGAAGUCUGACCGAUCAAAGAAACGCGUACACUUUGACACACUCGAUAAAACAAACAUGAAAAAUACAACUAAUAUAACAGCCAACCCAAUCACAUCUGUCGAAAGUCGGAGUGAAGCUACUGUUAGACAAUUAGCAAGCACGGGAAGGAAUUCUCGUUUAUCACUGGAACAUGAAAGACAAAUGACAUCUCGUCGAUCCUCAAAUGCUGACGUCAUUGUCAACGACAUCAGCAAACUACGUCAAGAGCUUCGAGGUGCACUUCGGGACACUGAACAGACAAAAAGGAGUUUGAAGAAUCUGGAUGAUCGAAUUUACUCUCAAAUAUCUUCAAGUGAUGAAAGUGUAUUUGCCUUCCCCGAUCAUUCAAAGGUUUAUCCAAUCGAUGCAUACUUACGAGCAAAUCGUAGCAUUCCUCAAGAACUUUCAAAUUUAAAAGUCGAAGAUCAAAGUGAAAAAGAAACAAACCCAACACGUGACGGCGAUUCAGGUCUGUGUUCGUAUGCGCUUUCUGUUCUCCGUGAUGUCCAAAGGCAAAAAGAUAACUUGGAGCGGAAUUUGAACGAGUUGUCAAGACGACACCGUGAGCAGUACUUGUAUGAUGUCAUAGAAAAUGACACAACAUUUAAUGGCGAUUUUGCAAGAAUUCGGAGGGAUGUAGCUAGAAAAAUCGAACAAAUGGAUGAAGUAUUGAAAGUGGAGCUUGAACAAGAAGAAGAGCAGAUAGCUACAAGAAAAGAAGUGAGUGCAGAAACACCAAAACCUGCAAAGCAAGCUCGAUCGAUGCGUGGUGUCCCAAUAAGUACCGAAAAUCGAGCUAAACUCCGAAGUACAUUAGCUGGAAAGGAGAAUACUACAAAGCAAAUUGCGGCAAAGUCAAAGAACACAAAACAAUUAACAAAAUUCACUUCUAUGAAACAACAAUCGACUGGAAAAUUGUCAGACCAUAACGUACAGAAACCACUUGUACUUGGUGAACGAGUUAAGCGCAAUAGCGUUCGUUACCAAUCUCCUGGGAAGGUAGAAAGGGGUACAUCAAGAAAAAGCUGUGCCGAAGAAAGAUUGGAUGAUUCAAACUCUUCCACCAUACAAGAUUCUUGGCGUCCUACAACCCAACGAUGCUAUUUUCAGAGUAAUUUUACGAAUGUACCUGCUAAAAAAUCAGUGAUCGAAGAACCAGUUAAAGAACACCAUAAAUCUGUAUUUGGUCAAACACUGCCUUUGGCCAUUCCUUUAGGGAAACCUCGAGUGGAUUCUUCCUUGCGACCAUUGCUGUACAAUGACGAAGAAUCCAAGGCACUUCACAGAACUGAAACAACAUCAAACUCGACGCAAUCGAAUGUUGCAGUAAUUACCAUAAAAGACGAAGAGUGUCUUCAGGACGCUCAAACUUCUAUGAAAAGGCAUAAAAAAUCUAUGUUAAAGAAGAAAGAGAAAGUAGCUCUAGAAAAACAGAUCUUACCAAACAUCGACAUUGACACUUCAACUUUAUCCGAAGAAAGCACUGUCAGUAACGUGAGCGAAACAUUACAGAGAAAAAUUAUGCGACCUUCAGCUUCAGAUUAUGAUGAGUUUAAAGAUUAUGAACAUGUGAGAACACAGGAAGAUGACCAAGAAAUAGAGAAGUCCAUCGAAUUUAAAAAUGAAAAUGCUAUAUCGUUGAGUGGAGAUUUCCGUGAAGACAAAACAAUAUAUGAAGGACCAGUAUUUCCUCCUCAAAACAUUUCUACGGAAAUGCCAGACAGCGAUGGAAAUAUUGGAGAUCUAAGAAUACAACAAGAAAAUGUUGAAAUAAAAGCAAGAGAAUUAAUUGAACACGAGUUGCUUGCCCGUAUCAUGAGUGAGAUGACUCCGCCUGUACAUGAUCCUACAUCAAAUAUGCGCACAAGUCAAUCUUCAGAAUCAAUCAGAAGCUACGACAGCGAACCUGACAUUGCUGCUACGAUAGGACUUCGUGGUAUUCAGUUAUUUGUCGAUGCAGGCAUUCCUGUUCACUCUGACUUCAUACGUAAUCUUAUUCAAGAAGUUUUACAUGAAAAAAUUACAGGAAUGCUCGGUUUUCCUAAAUCUGAUUCACUACAUGAGCAGCAACCCCAGAUGCAAUCAAAGGUCGUGAAUAUCAGCACAAAAUUUAAAACAGAAUUUGAGGAUUAUCCCAACGUUGAUACUUGUAAAAGUACUCCAAGUUUGAGCAGCGUAUCAGAAGAUCGAUGUUUGUCUCACAUUGUUACACCAAAUAAAACGACAAGUAGCGACUCUACGUUAUCACACGACUCUACUGUGGAUGACAAAAAUUUACGCGACUUCGUUGUUUCUACUAAUGAACGUGAUGAUGUUGUGGAAGAAAGACUAUUGAUUCACUCCGAUGUUAAAAGUCCUGUUGUAACUCCAAUUGCUUCUCCGAGUCCUCCUCGGUCCGUUAAAUCCAUGAAUACACCUGAAGUGUCAGAGAAAAUCGAAAGGAAAGAACAGACUCAACUAGAAGUUCCGGAGAUCACAGUAUCAAUUCAAGACAAGGUAUCUGAUGAAAGCUUGUACGACGAUGAAGACGACAAUAAUUUGAAAGAACAAACAUAUGUAGAAGAUAACAAUGAUGAAAAUCAAAAUACCGAGGAUGAUGUUCCACCCAUAAAUUAUGAAUCAGAUCCAAAAAUUAUACUAUCAAAAAUAACCAACAGUCCAUCAAGUUUAAUCACCACUACGACAUACUCUAGCCGAAGUACAAUGGGAACAUUUGCAACUGAUGAUGAGAUUUCCGAGGGCGAACAAUUACAGCCAUAUGUUCACGCUGGUCAGUACAGUGAAGGAGAAUUUGUUGCUCCAAUGGUAGUCCCUGGAAACAUGACAACUUUACACGAAAUACCCGACGAUAUUUUGGACAAUGUCAAUAUGUCAAAUGCUGAUCCAAUAAAACAAGCUUUUCAUGGUCUGCUAAAAUCAGAUUAUGCAUCAGACAAAAGUACGUCUUCUCCUGACAAAAGCACAUCAAAUGAGGAGCAGACGAGCAGUGAGGGACAGCAAAAAUAUGUUUCGAGACCAUUCGUGCAUCAUACAACUGAUAAUGAAGAUCGCAGUGAAGGAGAAAUGGCAGGUGACGUUGUUUUGAUGCUGCUCAGCAGAAUAAGGCAAUCAGUUAUGCCAUCAAAUAAUUUACCGGUUAUGGACGGGCAAGACACGCCCAGUUUGGGUGAGGUCCAAGUUGCACAACGAUCCAUGCAAAGAACAUUUGUAGCAAAACAAAACGAUACUAAAGUGUCACCAGGAGAAUUUGUUGCGCAAAAUCCCGUUCCAGUCAACUUCAAGCAUAUGCCAACGCAAACGUUGGAAGAUUCAUUUGUGUCCGAUUCUGAUGAGAACAAUAACAGUGAACAAAACAGCUCUAUUGGUGAAGUACGAAAUAAGACAAUAAAUUCGAACAUUAUCAUGGUUACACCUAAGAAAGUUGAAGUACCAUCCACUAAACGAAAACCUUUCUUUGGUAUCUCUUAUGGACAGUCUUUAUCCGACAAUCCAAUAGAAAAUACAAAUUUCUCGCAACUUGUUGAAGUAAGACGUGAUCAUAACACAAGUACUCCAACCGAUCGACGCUCUGAGUCAGGUAAGAAUGAAUCCAUAGACACUUUAGCCGGAUAUGAGGUUGGUUCCCAUGAUAUUCGUGUCACUCAUCACGUGACUGGUGAAAUCAACCAAGAUGAGCGUCCAGAAAAAAUCUCACCAGAAGAAAGUCAUAUAAGUGAGGGAGUGCUUACUGGAUGUGAAGAUUCUAUUGACCAGAUAUCGUACUUAUCAGGUGGAGAAGUUUAGCGACCCUUAAAGAUAUAUAUAUUAUUCCAACAUACACCUGCGUACUUUAUUAUUUAAAGAAGCUGAUAUCUGAAGCCAAAAACAUAUUUCUCUUUUAUUAAACAUUCCUUGUUUUCAUUGAACAAAGGAAACAGAACUCUGCCAAUAAUGAUAAAUUAUCAACACGUGAACCCGUAGCAAGAAAACCUACUUUUGCCGUUUUAAGUAACGUCUUAAUAGUUGCCAAAGCAUGUAUCAUGAAGUUUUUAUUUUUACAUGCUUAUCCCAACAACAUUAGUGGCUUUUUUACAGCUUUGGGCUUUUGGAAACAUUGAUAUGUUACGUAUUUGCAUAGGUAAUGACAGGUAAUGAGAAAUUUGAGAUAUUAAAAUAUGUAAUAUCCAACUA